CUCCCUUACCAACCCUCCGUCCCGCCUGGCCUCCUACUUCAACUUUGACGUCAAUAUUACCCUCCUCUUCUUCUGCUUCCCCCUCCCUCAUCCAGUUCAAGCUGCUCAAUCUCCAUUGUUCUUUCAUCCCUUUGCAUCCCUCUUAUCAGCCCUAAUGGAGACCGAAACGAAACAGUCUGAAAUUAUUUUUCGGUCGAAACUUCCCGAUAUCCCCAUCCCGAACCACCUACCGCUCCACGCCUACUGCUUCGAAAACAUUUCAGAAGUUGCGUCGCGACCUUGUCUAAUCUACGGCCCGACGGGCAAGACCUACACCUACGAGGAGGUGGAGCUCACUGCCCGUCGGGUCGCAUCGGGGCUCCACCGCCUCGGCAUUCGCCAGGGCGAUGUCAUCAUGCUCCUCCUCCCAAACUCUCCCGAGUUCAUCUUUGCGUUUCUCGGCGCCUCAUACCGUGGAGCCAUCACCACAGGGGCCAACCCCUUCCACACGCGCUCCGAGAUCGUGAAGCAUGCCAGAGCUGCCAAAGCGCGACUCAUCAUCACCCAGGCCGCCAACUUUGAGAAGGUGAAAGGCCUAGGGGAUGAGCUCGGGGUGAAGAUGAUGUGCGUGGACGGGGCCCCGCCGGAGGGGUGGCUGAAGUUUUCGGAGCUGACCGAGUCGGACGAAAGGGAAAUGCCGGAGGUUGAGAUAGGGGCGGAUGAUGUGGUAGCGCUGCCGUUCUCCUCGGGGACGACGGGGUUGCCGAAGGGGGUGAUGCUGACGCACAAGGGGAACGUGACGAGCGUGGCGCAGCAGGUGGACGGGGAGAAUCCGAACUUGUAUUUGCGCAGGGAGGACGUGAUCCUGUGCGUGCUGCCGCUGUUUCACAUUUACUCGCUGAACAUCAUGCUGUGCGCGCUGCGGGUGGGGGCGGCGGUGGCGAUCAUGCCGAAAUUUGAUAUCGUGUCGCUCCUGGAGUUGGUGGAGAAGUACAAGGUGACGGUGGCGCCGUUUGUGCCGCCGAUAGUGUUGGCGAUAGCGAAGAGUGGGGAGGUGGACAGGUACGAUCUGAGGUCGGUGAGGAUGGUGAAGUCGGGAGCGGCGCCGCUGGGGAAGGAGCUUGAGGAUGCCAUUAAAGCCAAAUUUCCCAAUGCCAAGUUUGGUCAGGGGUAUGGAAUGACAGAGGCAGGGCCAGUGCUCGCGAUGUGCUUGGCAUUUGCAAAGGAGCCGUUUGAAAUAAAAUCAGGGGCAUGCGGAACCGUGGUGAGGAACGCCCAGAUGAAGAUCGUCGACCCCGACACCUCCCUCUCCCUCCCUCGCAAUCACCCUGGAGAGAUUUGCAUUCGAGGGGACCAGAUCAUGAAAGGGUAUCUGAACGACCAAGAGGCAACAGCGAGGACGAUAGACAAAGAAGGAUGGCUGCACACGGGAGACGUUGGUUACAUAGACGAGGAGGAUGAGCUAUUCAUCGUGGACCGCUUAAAGGAACUCAUCAAAUACAAAGGCUUUCAAGUGGCGCCGGCCGAGCUGGAGGCCAUGCUUCUCAACCAUCCCCUCAUUUCUGAUGCCGCCGUUGUCGGCAUGAAAGAUGAAGCAGCUGGGGAGGUUCCUGUUGCGUUUGUGGUGAGGUCUAAAAAUUCUGAGAUUACUGAGGAUGAAAUCAAGCAGUAUGUCUCAAAACAGGUGGUGUUUUAUAAGAGAAUAAAUCGUGUGGUUUUCGUGGAGACAAUUCCCAAGGGGCCGUCGGGCAAAAUCUUGAGGAAGGAUUUGCGAGCAAGACUUUUGGCCGGAGUUCGCACUUAAUUUUUACCCACACAAUAAAAAAUGGCUAUUAAGUAUUAAGAUGUUUAAUGGCUUCUAUAUUUUAUAUUUAUAUAUAUAUCAGAAGCCCCAACAUAUUAAUCUGUUGUGAAUAUGUUCAAUUGAAAUUGACACUAAAUCUACUUCUUCCCGAA